AUGCUCCCUCACCGCCAACCUAAAUCUGGCAGCCUGAUGCUCCCUUACCACCAUGCUAAAUCUGACAGACUGGCCCUCCCUCAUCGCCAAGCUAACUUUUACAGCCUGAUGCUCCCUCACCACCAAGCUAAGUCUGACAGCCUGAUGCUUUCUUACCGCCAAGCUAACUCUGACAGCCUGAUACUCCCUCAACACCAAGCUAAAUCCAGCAGCCUGAUACUCCCUCAACACCAAGCUAAAUCUGGCAGCCUGAUACUCCCUCACCACCAAGCUAACUUUGGCAGCCUGAUGCUCCCUCACCGCCAAGCUAAAUCUAACAGCCUGAUACUGCCUCACCACCAAGCUACCUUCGACAGCCUGAUGCUCCCUUACCGCCAACGUAACUCUGACAGCCUGAUGCUCCCUCACCACCAAGCUAACUCUGACAGCCUGAUGCUCCCUUACCACCAAGCUAAAUCUAACAGCCUGGUGCUCCCUCACCAUAAAGCUAAAUCUAACAGCCUGGUGCUCCCUCACCACCAACCUAACUCUGACAGCCUGAUACUCCCUCACCACCAAGCUAAAUCUAACAGCCUGAUGCUCCCUCACCACCAACGUAACUCUGACAGCCUGAUGCUCCCUCACCACCAAGCUAACUCUGACAGCCUGAUGCUCCCUUACCACCAACGUAACUUUGAUAGCCUGAUGCUCCCUCACCACCAACCUAACUCUGAUAGCCUGAUGCUCCCUCACCACCAAGCUAACUCUGACAGCCUGAUACUCCCUCACCACCAACGUAACUCUGACAGCCUGAUACUCCCUCACCACCAAGCUAAAUCUAACAGCCUGAUGCUCCCUCACCACCAAGCUACCUUCGACAGCCUGAUGCUCCCUCACCACCAAGCUACCUUCGACAGCCUGAUGCUCCCUCACCACCAACCCAACUUUGACAGCCUGAUACUCCCUCACCACCAAGCUAACUCUGACAGCCUGAUGCUCCCUCAACGCCAAGCUAAAUCUGACAGCCUGAUGCUCCUUCAACGCCAAGCUAAAUCUGACAGCCUGAUGCUCCCUCACCACCAAGCUAACUUUAACAGCCUGAUACUCCCUCACCACCAAGCUAACUCUGACAGCCUGAUGCUCCCUUACCACCAAGCUAACUCUGACAGCCUGAUGCUCCCUCACCACCAACGUAACUCUGACAGCCUGAUGCUCCCUCACCACCAAGCUAACUCUGACAGCCUGAUGCUCCCUCACCACCAAGCUAACUCUGACAGCCUGAUACUCCCUCACCACCAACGUAACUCUGACAGCCUGAUGCUCCCUUACCGCUAA